UUCUCCAAGUCUAGCAAUGAUCCUCUUCUUCUUCUUCAUUUGGCUGAUCUCAGCCUUUCUCCUUCAUUACCUCUUCAAAAAAAUACAAACUAAACCGCCUCUUCACUUGCCUCCAAGCCCGCCAUCGCUUCCCUUUAUCGGCCACCUCCACCUCCUCAGCCCGGUGGUAACCAAAUGCUUCCCAUAUCUCUCCUCCAAAUACGGCCCUCUUUUAUAUCUCCGCCUCGGCUCUCGCCGCUUACUUCUCGUAUCAUCACCAUCUCAUGCUGCAGAAAUUUUCAAGAACAACGAUUUAGCCUUUGCAGAAAGACCUAAAUCUCCAUUCUGUGAUAAACUAUCACUAUUCGGAGAAUUCAGCUUUCUUGCUUCUCCCUAUGGAGAUUACUGGAAAUUCAUCAAGAAACUAUCCGCCACGGAAUUGCUAGGAGCGCGACAGGUCGGAAGAUUUAACGCUCUUCGACACGAAGAGCUCGGGCGUUUCUUGAACAGAAUGGUGCAGAAAGCUAAUAAAAAUGAGAGUGUGAAUUUGGGUAAUGAGUUGAUGAAGCUGACUAAUAAUAUUAUAUGCAGAAUGGUGAUGAGCACAAGAUGUUCGAAUGAAGAAGAUGAAGCUGAGAAAUGUAGAGAGAUGAUUUUAGGGUGUGUUGAACUUGUGGGGAAGAUUGGUAUAGCUACCAUGUUGGGUCCUUUCAAGAAAUUAGGGUUUUGGUUCAGUGGGAGACAAGUUAAUGAUGUAACUACAAAUUUUGAGGAAUUGUUGGACAAAAUAUUGAAUGAUCAUGAAGAGAAAGCUAAGAAAUUAGAUGGUGGUGAGGGAGAGGAGAACGAUUUCAUGGAUAUUCUUUUACAAGUAGAACAAGAUAAAGAUGCAGAGUUCAAGAUUAGCAAGCACCACAUCAAGUCCUUCAUCAUGGAUCUGUUUCUAGGAGGAACAAAUACUUCAGCAGUAACAAUGCAAUGGAUCAUGGCAGAGCUAAUCAACCAUCCUAACGCAUUCAACAAUUUAAGGCACGAGAUAGACUCCGUCGUCGACAAAAACAGACUGAUAACAGAAUCCGAUCUCCCAAAUCUCCCUUAUUUACGAGCAGUCGUCAAGGAAACACUCAGACUCUACCCACCCAUCCCUGCAAUUCCUAGAGAAUGUCGCGAAGAUUGCAAAAUCGGAGGAUUCGAUGUACCAAAAGAAACUAUAGCAAUAAUCGAUGCAUAUUCUAUAAUGAGAGAUCCAAAUUUAUGGGAUAAUCCGAAUGAGUUUCGCCCGGAAAGAUUCAUGAAACCUGAUGAUGAUGAUGAUAAGAAGAAUAAGCAAAAUUUAGGGUUUAUUCCGUUCGGUGGAGGAAGAAGAAUGUGCCCUGCUUCGAACUUUGCUUUGAAUAUAAUUCAUUUGAGUAUUGCAUCUAUGGUUCAGUGCUUUGAUUUUAGGUUACUUGGAGAUGAAGAAAGAGAGGGAAGCAAGGUUCAGGUUAAUAUGGAGGCUAAAGCUGGUCUGGUUAUGAGUUUGGCUACUCCACUUCUGUGUGUUCCUGUGGUUCACUUGAAAGGUCCGUUUGGUGUGAAUUGAACAAUAUUUAAUACUUUUGAGGAUUGAUUUGUAAUAAUCAGAUAUAUUUGUCUUGUCAUAAAAGAUAAGUAAAACAUUCUUACAUGUAAAUAGGGAUGGCAAUGGAAUGAGAAUUUUCCGUUUUCCAUGGUGAUGCGCCCCUAAUAGGACGGGAAUCCACAUCAUUUCCUACGGGAGUAUA